CAACUGCAUACAAUGACGAAGAUAAAGUAUAUAUGCCGUACCCUAACCCGUGCCCCCCCUCCCUCGUUUCAAAGUAGCACAACCUGGGAAAUGGUCAGACAUUUCUCGACAGCACCGCGAUCGAGGCAGAAGUCAGUAAACCCGGUACUUGAUCUCAUGGAAAGAUCGUAUAAUAGGGAACCACGUUCAUCGUAUACGAUACGUAUGCCAAAAGAGAGGAGAGGAUACUCACUCAGAACUUGCUCGGUUCUCGUCCCGAUUCUAGAUUCCAAGGUCAGAGCCAAGUGUUAUCAAACAACGUGGCAGGGUCACAUGUUAUGAGCUAUGACUGAUCACUUUCCGCUUACGGCAAUAUCCCACCCAGAGCGACACCUCUACAGCGUCAUUACAAACUGCAGUGCCCUCGACUCCAAACAACCUUGUCCUGAACCAUGUCUUCCAGAGAACCUCUAUGGUAUUGUCAUGAAUGCAAUGCCGAGAUGCGACCACUAAUGGUCCCCGAUCCCGUGUGCGCCUCCUGUCGAGGGUCCUUCGUAGAGAAGAUGGAGAACCCGAGCGACGAUCCUCGCGAAUUUCAUCAAGCAUUAGGUCCAGACUUGGGUGGUGCUGAGGAUAUGCCGCUGGGACUCGAGGCAUUCUUGUACGCCAUCCAAAACAUGGCUCGGGGACCCGGAACUGAGCGCACAGGGCCCCGAUCCCGACCCACGGAUCAGCAACGUAGCCGAAGCCCGAAUGUUUCCCGAACGUUUGAGAUUCGGAGCUCGACUGGCAAUGGACCGCCUACUGCCAUCCGCUUCGGUAGCAAUGGGGGAGGAAUCAGCAGUCCUGAAGAUCCUGACCAGCCGACAAUGACUGACUUUCUGCGCCGACGGGGCGAGGCUGGUAUCACAGGGCCUCUCAUGGCUCACUAUCUCAUGGCUCUUCUCGGCGGACGAGAGUCUAUGGGUGAUGUUUUCGGGCGCGGGAUGGGCGAACCCAUGCAACCGGGCAGGAUGGGCGACUACGUCUUCAACCAAGAAGCGUUGGACGAGAUACUGAACCAGCUGAUGGAGAACUCAAAUGCGCAUCGGCCAGUAGCUGCGUCGGAUGAGAUUGUGGACAAGCUCCCGCGCGAGGUUCUGGAGGAAGGAUCUCCGACUCUGGAAAAGGAUUGCGCUGUUUGUAAGGAACAGUUCAGCCUUCAAACCGAAGAUCCCGAUGAGCAAGUUGUGGUAACAUUGCCCUGCAAACAUCCCUUCCAUCAACCGUGCAUCCUGCCAUGGCUGAAAUCGAGUGGAACAUGUCCCGUUUGCCGGUUUGCUCUCGUUCCGCAGCCAGAACAACACGGCUCCCAUGGCCCGACUCCUGGGGGCAGCUCCGACGCGCCAGGCAACGGCCCACCCACAGGGCUUUUACAGUCGCUUUUCGGGCACGUGAACUCCGGCGGCAAUCGAACAUCACCCAGGCGCUCCAAUUCAGAUUCCACGGGAGGUCAAUCAAGUCGUGUUCCUGGUGCGUGGGACGAAUUAGAUUAGAGCGUGGCAUAGGCUCUGUUCUACCAAGUCGACUCGAGUUAGCUGUCUUUAGAUCUAGCGCAUCCUUUCGAUGACCACGGUCCGGGAAAAUCGAUGCGUUUCCUCGUCCCUCCCCCGUUUUUGCCUCCGGUCUGCUCCGGAAUAUGUAGCUGUACUAAUUAUACGUACGAAUGUGAAUCAUCCAAAUUGCAUAAAAAGAAAAAACCACUGCUGGACAAAUGCCGGUCCAUCAGAUCAGCUCGAGGGAAAUAAGUGGAUCGGAUCGCUGGGGUCGUUAUACCUCCGCUGGGCACUGAACAUG